GGGUGCCUCCAGCCGCCAACUUUCUUGCCGGAGUCCUGCCUGUGUCCGGGUGACCUCCCGAGCGAGAGCUGCGGCCCCUCCUCCCAGUGCCCCGGCGAGGAGCGGGGCUUGCUGAGCGGCUUGUCCGCGGGGCUGCGGGAAGCGGCCGGCUUUUGCCCCUUCCCGGUGAUUCCUUCGCUCCGGUAGCCGGGCCGGCAACUCGGGCAGCGACUGAGCCCCAGGCGCCAGCCAGCAGCUCCCGGGCCUCGGCUCGCUCGUGCUUUGCUCCUGGCCCAAACUUUCCAAAGCCGCGGGACGCUCAGGGUUUACUUCUUCCAAAGUGUGCGGGACGGCAGACAGGAAGGGAUCCUGCUGCUCCUGGUAUCUGCCUGAGGAGUAGGCGGGGCAGUAGCACCUCCCCCCGUCCCCAUUCCCAGUCUUUGGAAGUCCUCUCCAGGGAAUUUCCAGCAGUUCAGACUGAUGAUCCAGAAAUCUCUUGAGGUGAACUGUGUGAUAGAGUGAAGCAGGCAAAUAUAAUCCAGAAACAGAUUGGUUGCUUUUAUGAGAGAAAAACAAUUACAGGUUUCUGCAAGUGACAGAUGUGAAGAGACGUCUCUUCCGAUGUGACACUUGAAUCUCAGCGCUGACACUCCGAGUUUUCACCGAAAAUUAAAUAUGACUUAGGAACAUCGAACCUUGGGAAGGUUUAUGAUGUCAUCGGUUGCCAGGGGCAGCAAAAUCCAGCAGGCUGUCAGCCUGCAGGGAGUUGACCCAGAAACAUGCAUGAUAGUAUUUAAAAAUCACUGGGCACAGGUUGUGAAAAUCUUGGAGAAACAUGACCCUUUGAAAAAUGCCCAGGCAAAAUAUGGAUCAAUCCCUCCAGAUGAAGCCAGUGCCGUCCAGAAUUAUGUAGAACAUAUGCUUUUCCUGCUGAUUGAAGAGCAGGCAAAGGAUGCUGCGAUGGGACCCAUUCUGGAGUUUGUGGUCUCAGAGAACAUCAUGGAGAAGUUAUUCCUUUGGAGCUUGAGGCGAGAGUUCACUGAUGAGACUAAAAUUGAACAGCUGAAGAUGUAUGAGAUGUUGGUGACGCAGUCUCACCAGCCUCUGUUGCACCACAAGCCCAUCUUAAAGCCUCUAAUGAUGCUGUUGAGCUCUUGUUCUGGGGCAGCCACACCUGCUGUGGAGGGAGAGCUGGUUGUCUUGCUCAAUCAGCUCUGCUGCAUCCUGGCCAAAGACCCGUCCAUUUUGGAGCUCUUUUUCCACACUAGUGAGGAUCAAGGAGCUGCCAACUUCCUCAUUUUCUCCCUUUUAAUUCCCUUCAUUCACCGUGAGGGGACAGUGGGACAGCAAGCACGAGAUGCUCUCCUUUUCAUCAUGGCGCUCUCAGCAGAGAACAGCAUGGUGGCCCACCACAUUGUGGAGAACACCUACUUUUGUCCAGUGCUGGCAACGGGAUUAAGUGGCCUCUACUCUUCUUUGCCUACAAAAUUAGAAGAGAAGGGAGAUGAAUGGCACUGCCUUCUGAAGGAUGACUGGUUACUUCUGCCUUCUCUGGUCCAGUUCAUGAAUUCCCUGGAGUUUUGCAAUGCGGUCAUACAGGUUGCCCACCCUCUGAUUCGUAACCAGCUUGUCAACUACAUUUAUAACGGGUUCUUAGUACCAGUGUUGGCUCCUGCUCUCCAUAAGGUGACUGUGGAAGAGGUGAUGACUACAACAGCGUACCUGGAUCUCUUCCUGCGCAGUGUCUCAGAGCCGGCUCUCCUUGAGAUCUUCCUUCGUUUUAUUCUCCUGCACCAACAUGAAAAUGUCCACAUCCUAGACACGCUGACAAGUCGGAUCAACACCCCAUUUAGGCUGUGUGUGGUGUCCCUGGCGCUGUUCAGAACCCUUAUUGGCUUACAUUGUGAAGAUGUGAUGCUGCAGCUGGUUCUAAGGUACCUGAUCCCAUGCAACCACAUGAUGAUGAGUCAGAGGUGGGCUGUGAAAGAAAGAGAUUGCUAUUCCGUUUCUGCUGCUAAGCUGCUCGCUCUGACCCCUGUGUGCUGUUCCAGUGGGAUUACUCUGACUCUUGGGAACCAGGAACGGGACUACAUCCUUUGGUCCAAGUUCAUGCACAGUGAUUCAGACUCUGGAGAGCAGCCUCCUCCUGAGGAAGUGUCUCCGUCGGCCUGCAUUGUGGAGUAUGGCAAAGCCUUGGACAUUAGCUACCUUCAGUACCUCUGGGAGGCCCAUAAUAACAUCAGCCACUGCAUGAAGGACUGCCAAGUCUGGUCUGCUCUUUAUGACGGAGAAUCCCCUGACCCUGAAACCUUUCUGUCCAACCUGAAGGAGGAGAACAGCACCACCGUGUCCUACCCAGUGCUGAGGACACAGCAGCAGUCAGCCAGCCGUCCUGGUGCUCAGCUCACACACAAGAAGGAGAAGAGCCAGACGGAGCUGGAAUGGGAUGACAGCUAUGAUACGGGAAUGUCUGCCCAGGCUGGAGGGAGCCCCUCUCAGCCCUGUGAGGAUCUGGAGAACCCAGCUCCUCCAGUCCCCAUCGACCCCCCCAAGCACAUCCAGGAGAUGAAGAAGAACGCCAUCAUGCUGUUCAAAGGCUCUUACAUCGAGGAAUCUGACUUUCAGGACGAUGUCAUGGUUUACAGGCUCUGUGCUGAGAAAGACGCCCAGGACAGCCAUGGCGUCAAGGGGGAGCCCCUGAAGUCUCCGGGUUCCCCCCUGAACAACGGGCCCCUCCGGUGCCCCAGCACACAGAGAGAUUCUGAACAAGAACAAAAUAGGAUCAAUUCAAGCUCGAGUCAUGAAGAGCCCGAGGAAGAGUCCCACCAGAGCCCUCCCAGGGUGGCCUCGCCAUCCAUCUCCGAGUCAGCCCAGGCCGUGCCACUGGAGGCCGACCACAAUCCUGGUGUGAUGGUCGCCAGCCCGGAUGGUGAAGAUUUCAUUACCCAGUAUGAGAAAAUCAUCAAAGAACUGGACUCUGGCUCUGAGGGGUUGAUGGAAGAAAAUUUCCCCACACCUGCUCCCUCACCUCCUGUGCUGAAGGAGGAAGGGGAGAAGAAGGAAGAAAUGAAAGAAGGAGAGGAAACAAGCGAGGCAGAAGAAAGGAGGGAGGAUGAAGAAGAGGAAGAGGAGGAGGACUUUGAGCAUUUUGUAGCUGAGGCUCCUUCAGUAGAAAGCUUACCUUCCCCCUUUGGGACCAAAGAUCAGAAUGUCUUUCCUACUCGUCACACGAGGACACAGCGGGCCCCCUUUACAGGACCAUUUAUCAGUGUGGUGCUGUCGAAGUUGGAGAACAUGCUGGAGAAUUCCUUGCAUGUUAAUUUGCUGCUUAUCGGGAUCAUUACUCAGCUGGCCAGCUACCCCCAACCCCUCCUCCGAUCUUUCUUGCUGAACACCAACAUGGUCUUUCAGCCCAGUGUUCGAUCCUUGUAUCAGGUUCUUGCAUCUGUGAAAAACAAAAUUGAGCAGUUUGCCUCCAUAGAGAGAGAUUUCCCAGGCCUUCUCAUACAAGCUCAGCAGUAUCUGCUUUUCCGAGUGGACAUGUCUGCUAUGACCAACGAGGAAAUAACCAAAGAUCACAAUCAGGACUCCUACCCAACAGCAACAGGAAGGAACAUUUUGGACAGUCCCGCAAGGUUGCUUCAGCCUUUCUUACCGAACAGAGGGAAGACACCGGGAACCCUUCCCAGCAUCCCUCUGCCUGUGAGGAACACCAUGCUGGCCGCUGCCCUCUUCCCAGAGUUCCUGAAAGAACUGGCGGCCUUGGCUCAGGAGCAUUCGAUUAUGUGCUGCAAGAUCCUGGGUGAUUUUGAGGAAUCUUAUUGUUAGCCCUUCUUUAAGGGAAAAAAAAGGCAAACAAAAAACCAAAUUUGUGCAGUUUUUAAAAAGGGUUUUAGUGUUUUGACCGAUUUUUAAAUUCAAAGCUGCUUAUAAAAAUUUCUACUUUGAUAUUUCCUGACAAUACUUGAUCUGGGAGGGGAAUAAUCUCUUUGUAUAUUCUCUCUCAUCACUGGGCCUUAUGAUCUUUUGCUGUGUAGAACUCAAGUCUCAUAAGGUAAUUGUUUGUGAGAGGGCUUCUCGUUGCUCAGCUUCUCCCCCAAUUUCUUUGUUUGUCAUCCCUUUCUCUCCCCUCCUUUGGGCCUUUCAGCUGACAGUACACCUGGUCUCCACUUGGACAGACAUUUGUUUGGGGCUGUCCCGGGGGUCCCAGGCAUGCUCCACUCCCUUGGAAUCUCUCAGCGCCAGACACACCUUGACUCACCUGGUACCUUAAUGAGGAGAGACAUGCCUGAGACUUAGCAGACUGCUCCUGUGGCCUUCUGUCCCAAGUCACCAGGUUCUUUAGAAGGAAGAAUGGAAAGAAAUGGAACCCCUGGGCCUUUCUGGCAUCCAUGGAAAUCAAGCAUCACCCCUGGAUUUACUGCAAAACAAGUGUGCUAAUUCAACAUAUCUUGCCUUAGGGUGUGGGAAGCCUCUAGCUGAAGGCUGGCCACCAGGAAAGUCAGCUGCAAGCUUGAGUUUGGCCAGGAGGAGGAAUGCAUGGAAUUUUCCCAUUGUGUUUGUGAGCAAGACUUCCUUUCAUCAGCCUCCCCUUGCCCCCCCAAACUCAGAAGUGAAGCCUUAUCUGGUGAGAUUUGCACAUAAUAAAAUGUUCUAUGCAAGUGGCAA